ACCGGUAGCUUUAAACAAAAAGAUACAGACAGUGUUUCCCCGAAAUAAACAGCACUGGAGUCGCUCUGCAGUCUUUAAGCUGUCCUGGCCAAUAAAGCUGACUCUGAUAGGAUUUAUUCAGCCAGGAGGAGCUCUUUGACAUGGAGGCAAUGCACUUGCUGGACAACUGGAGAAAGGAUCUUCAUGUGUCCCAGGGAGACGUGGACAACUCUGUGGACAUGGAUCGCUUGAACAGGAAUAUGCCUGAGUUCGGAAGGCAAACUCACCAGGUUUUACAGAGUACCCCAUUGGAUUUAAUUGAGACUGGAAAGGGCCUGAAGUUUCAAGCAGAGCGCCCCCACCUGGUCAGCCUGGGCAGUGGACGACUGAGUACGGCAAUCACCUUGCUGCCCCUGCCUGAGGGCCGCACCACUCUGGGGUAUGGUGCAGUGGACAUCAACAUCCAGGGUCCUGGGGUGGCAGCCCAUCACUGUUACAUAGAGAACAAGUCAGGGGUCAUCAUGUUGCAUCCCUCUGGGAACCUCUGUGCUGUUGAUGGACUCCAGGUCCAACAGCCCACCCGUCUGUCACAAGGCUGCAUGCUGUGUUUUGGACAGUCGGCCUUCUUCCGUUUCAACCACCCUGAAGAGGCAUUCAAGAUGAAGAGCAUGAUACCUCAUGGAGGAGGUGUUUGUGCUGGCAGCUAUACUCUGUGUUCAGAUACUGAGAGUUUGGUCAAUGGGAAUCACCUGGCCAGUUCAUCCCAGUCUCCCUCAGCUCCUGGAGAGGGAAUCCAGUCGGAGCACAGUGCGAUUGUCAGCUCCAUUGAGAAGGACCUCCAGGAGAUUAUGGAUUCGUUAGUCAUGGAUGACCCUGAGCCCUCUUCCUCUGAGGUAAAAAAGCCCCCUGGAGGGCAGUCCAUGCACCACUCCCCAUUGUCACCUAUGGUCAAUGGAGGGGGGAGGUAUUUGUUGUCCCCUCCCACCAGUCCAGGGGCCAUGUCGGUGGGGUCCAGCUAUGAGAAUACCUCCCCUCCUUUUUCCCCCCUUUCCUCCCCUUCAGCUGCCAGCAGCGGGAGCUUUACCAGCCCAUCUCAUGGUGGAGGACACCAGGACCAGAGUUCUUCUCUGCCACCUGUGCCUACACGCUCUUCUAGCUACAACUUCAGCACCCAGCCUCCACCUAUACCCCUGCCAAGGACCAUACUGCCUAAUUUCAGUACUGGGGUGGGCCAGAAGAUUCAGGAAAGCCCCAGGCUGCAGAGGAAUGUCUUAACUGAGACUCCUCCGAGCCCCAAGCCAAGCCGCAGGGGACUCAGUCAAGAUGGCCCUGAGAGCCCUCGACAGACGCCUCUUGUUUCUUCUAGCGAAUCUCUCAACAGUAAAAACAUUGUGCCAAGCAGCCCCAGAGUCACCACCAAAUUCCCUACCUGUCCAUCCCCAUCGCCUUCAAGUCCCAGGACCAAGACCACAACGGUGCUCCAGGAAAGGCCUGCCAGUCCCUUCAAAGAGCAAACCAUUUUCGCUGAUCGCUCCCUGAAUUCCAGCCCCUCCAGGCACAUUUUACAGUCUAGUAAGGCUUUUCAGCCUCCCCUGGAUCCCAUUGUUCAUGUUAUCCAAGGAUCUCCUCUUCAGCAGCAUCCACGGUCAUUGCAGCCCCCUGAAAGCCCCCGGUUGGCCCGGAGGAACUUGGAAAUUAAUGGGAGCAGUGCCGGGAGCAAUAGUAUGAGAGAGCUGCCACCUCUAAGUCCUUCAUUAGCUCGGAGAGGGGUCCCAGUUCUUCCAGGGGCACUUCCAGGAACGAUUUCCACAUUGAGGACUCCAGAGAGCCCCUCAUGUCUAGGCAGGCUGGUCUCAGAGAGUCCGAGGCUGCGGCGCAAAACCGGACCUACAUCAGAGGAACCGUCUUGCAGCAGAGGGAUCCGAGCUCGUAGUCCGUCUCCCACCUCCAUAAUGAUGGACGGUAGCUGUGGUGUAAGGAUACGCAAGACGAGCGUUGCGAAUUCUUUAUCACCUGCUUUCAGUCUGGGCUCCCUCCCUGGCUCGUCCCCAGUAGCCAGCCCCAGGACCCAGAGGAAGAUGUCCUUAGGGAGACCCCACCCAGGAAUGCGAGAAAGGAAAAACAGCAUCACAGAGAUCAGCGACAACGAAGAUGAACUGCUUGAGUACCACCGACGACAGAGAGAGGAGCGGCUCCGGGAGCAGGAGAUGGAGAGGCUGGAGAGACAGCGGCUGGAGACCAUCCUGACCCUCUGUGCAGAGUACAACAAAGGUGAGAGCGUUGGGCUGGACCCGCUGGGCUCAGGGAGGAUGGGUUUCCCUGGGAGUCUGACCGACUGCUCAGGGCGAAGGCCGUCCAUGGAGAAUAUUCUAGGAGGAACGCCAGCAUCGGCGGCUGCUCUCCGCCUGGCGCAGAGACAGAGGGAGAUUGACGAGGAGAACCUGAAAGAAGAGUGCAGUAGCACAGAGAGCACUCAUCAGGAGGUGAGGACAACUCCUGCUCCCGGCACACCGUCAGCGCUGCACAAUGGAGAGCGACAGCAUGAGGACUCUUCCAGCGCAGGUCGUUCAGAGCUGGCUUAUCUGGAAGAUGAGAGGGUCCGUGUUCUGGCUCGGAUCGACGAGCUCAAAACUCGACUCACAGAGCUGGAACAACAACUCCAGGAGUCUGAACAAGAGGCGGAGAUGGAGCGUGCCCUGCUGCAGGGUGAGACGCAGGCCGAGCUCGACCAGAUAGAGGCAGAGACGGACGUUGUCAGUCAGCUGCAGCGCAAGCUGGAGGAGCUGGAGAGCGCCAUCCAGAGGGAGAAAGACAAGGAGAGAGCUAAUGUUGAGGCCGAGCGCCGGGCCCUGCAGAGACUCCAGGAGGGCUAUGCUGAGCUGAAGAACCAGCUUCAUAACUGUCCCGAGUCCCUGCGGGAACAGUUACAGGAACAGCUCAAAAGGGACGGAGAGACACUGGAAGCAGGGACCAAAAAGUUUGAAGAUCUAGAGUUUCAGCAGCUGGAGAGAGAAAGCAGUCUGGAGGAGGAAAGGGAGACCAUCAGCCAGCAGCUUCUUCAGGAGAAGGCAGAGUACCACUCCAGCGUGGCCAAGAGGAAGGAGAAGGUCUCUGCUCUGGAGAACCAGGCCAACCAGCUUGGCCAACAGGCUUCUCAGGAGUACGAGCGGCUGGCUAAAGACCGGACGCUCACGCUGCAAAUGCUCCAAAAAGAGAAGGAGCGACUGUCCGCUCUAGAGAAGAGAUACCACUGCCUGACUGGAGGAAUGAGCUUUCCCAAGUCUUCCACUACCAUGAGAGAGGAAGCGCUCCAUGUCAGCGACGCUGAGCUGUUGUUGGGGGAUGUCCGCUCUUCCCAGACCUCCCUGUGUGGAGCCUCUCCUUCCUUCUUAUAUCCCUCCCCCCUCUGUCAGUUGUUCCCCAGCAGGCCUACAGAGGAGUAUGUGACAGUGGGCCAGUUAAAUCAGAUCUAUGGGAUGCCCAAGGUGGAGUCUUCCCCUACCUCCCCGCUUCGCCAGCCCCUGCAGCCCGGAGCAGUAGACCCCGCCUUCUCCUACCUCCCCUCUCACCAUGGCUCCUCCCUCUCUCUGUCUGUGGAGCACCAGUCUGAGGCCAGUAGGCCUCAACUCUCCAAGCUAGAUUUAGAGCAGUGGUACCAAGAGCUGAUGGUCGGCUCCACACAGCUCUGUGCGCCUCUUCUGCUGGCCAAGUCGCCGUCAGGCCGCAGACCUGUGCUGCAGGUGUUUCGUUCUAAGCUGGACAGCGAUCCUGGCGUUCCCCUCCAUCAGUCGAAGUCAGGCUCCUCGUCCCCUCUGCAGCAUGGAGCAGCGACGCUGGGGCGCAACACAAGCUCCAAGAGCCUCCUGCUGGCAGCCAGCAGCACUGGAAGCCUUCCAAGGAACCUGGCUGCCACUCUUCAGGACAUUGAGACCAAGAGACAGCUCGCUCUGCAGCAGAAAGGUCAGCAGGUGAUCGAGGAGCAGCGCCGUCGUCUGGCCGAGCUCAAACAGAGAGCUGCGGCCGAAGCUCAGUGCCAGUGGGAGGCGCUCCACGGCUCCCAGCCUCACCUCAUGACCGCCUCGUCCACCUCUUACUCCUCCAUCAUGGCCCACAGUCCCACUCUGAGCCACAACUCCUCCGGCCACUCUCCAAUGGUGCACCACUCCAUCCUGCACCACCACCCUCCAUCAGCCGGAGAGCAGCCAUAUGACACCCUGAGCCUGGAGAGCUCCGACAGCAUGGACACCAGCGUGUCCACGGGGAACAACUCGGCCUGCUCGCCUGACAACAUGUCCGGUGUUGGAGGAGUGGACGUGCUGAAGAUUGAGGAGAUGGAGAAAAUGCUGAAGGAGGCGCAGCUGGAGAAAGCCAGACUUAUUGAGUCGCGGGAACGGGAGAGCCUGGCUCGCCGUCAGAUGCUGGAGGAGGAGAGGAGGAGGAGGGAGGAGGCGGAGAAAAGGCUACAGGAUGAAACUUUCCACAGACAGCAACUCGUGGAGAAGGAGGUCAAGAUGAGGUCCAAGAACUUUUCUCAGGCCCGUCCGAUGACCCGCUACCUGCCCAUCAGGAGGGAGGAGUUCGACCUGCGCUCGCAUAUUGAGUCAUCGGGUCACAGCGUGGAGACGUGCUACCACGUCAUCCUCACAGAGAAGAUGUGCAAGGGCUACCUGGUGAAGAUGGGAGGCAAGAUCAAAUCGUGGAAAAAGCGUUGGUUUGUGUUCGACCGCCUCAAGAGGACCUUCUCCUACUAUGUUGACAAACACGAGACCAAGCUGAAGGGCGUGAUCUACUUCCAGGCAAUAGAAGAGGUUUAUUAUGAUCACCUCCGCAGUGCCACAAAGAGCCCCAACCCACCCUUGACCUUCUGCGUGAAGACCCACGACCGCCUCUACUACAUGGUGGCGCCGUCGGCGGAAGCCAUGAGGAUCUGGAUGGAUGUGAUCGUCACAGGAGCGGAGGGAUACACACAGUUCAUGAACUGAGAACGCAGAAGACGAGCGGGACGCUUCGGCAGGGACUCUCACCACAGAAUCGACGGGAUCUGUCCUCAAUGUCCCGUCCAACUCAGACACGAUGCCUGUUUGUUACCUUCUUACUUUCAUCUCACACAAUCAGUUUUCCAUGCAUUUGUUUCCAUCGUCAUGUUUCCAAUGUGAUUCUGUUCGGAUUGAAAAAGGGAGCUGUUGACAGACUCACACACACAUCUAAACACAUCUCUGUAUAUAAACCAAAAUGUACACCUGUCCAGGACUAUAUAAAGCCUUUCUAUAUUGCCAAAAGGAGAUCUUGUAGUUACUGUUGAAUAUUUUCUAUUAUUUGUUUUUCUUUUUUACUUAGAGAAAAGAAAUUGCCAAAUGAAAUGUUGCCAAUGUUUUUGAGUAUUCUAUCAUAACUUUAUGUGUAGAAACGAUCGGGAGAAAUCGUUUCAUUCUAAUAUGCUUUCAGCUGAUGAAACAUCUUGUUUUGAUGUCUUUAAAUGUUUGAGGAAAGGUAGAAAUCAGCCAGUCGGCAGCAACUAGAGAGGAUCUCAGAUCCCAGCGGGACAGUCCCCUCCCCUCUAUCCCAGUCAUGUCUUCACCCAAGCUUACCAAAGGAUCUGAUUGUCCAUAGGUACACUGUAACCCCUAAGGAAUCCAGUCUGCAGUUCUCAGAAGCUGCUCAUUACAACACUGUCUGGUUUAUUCUAUACCAUAAAACAUACAAGAAACAUCAGUCAUCUCUAUGCUUCAAAGCUGUCAGAAGUGGUUGAGUUCAACUGAAAGCACCAAAUCGCCACACAGGCAGCUAAAGCUGGAGGAUGGCUGUCCCGGGUUGGCAUGAAGAUUGUAAAUGAGCUCUCCUCAAGACCGUUCAGUGUUGUCUGGCUUGCUUCAGCACACGGACGUUUAAUACAAGUUUAUGUUGAUUUGCUUAAGACAUGGGGUCCAUGUCUUAAGUGACAAGGACCACUGGACUUAUUUUAACUCACCGUUCAACUUUUUCUCACUGCUUAGACGACCAUUGAUUUUUAAAAGGCUUUUCUAAUAACCUACUGUAAGGAUAUAAACUAAUCUAAUGUCACUAAAUACCAUCUACCAUCAGGAAGUCGCUCAGUUUAGUUUCAACCAGGGGCCACUAUUCGGCUUUUUUUUGUAACCUUUAUUUUUUUGACAUUAAACUGACAGGAAGAGGGGGAAGAUUUGCAGCAAAGAUUGCCGGGGCCGGGAAUCGAACCCGCAACAGCUGCAAGGACUGAGCGUCUGAAUGCGCGUUUUACCCGUGCUAGUUAUGCUCCAGUUUGUGUUAUUUUAGUAAAUGUGACCAAAAGUGGAUCCGGAACCAUGAUCAUUGGAAAUUGAGUGUAACAGAAAAUCAUUUAAUUGAGAUUCAAGAGUGUUUAUGAUUUUCUCCAUUCAAAUAUUUACCUUCCAGGAGAGCUAAUCUGAUACUCAAUCUUUAAGCACAUGGGUGGUAAAUGAAACAAAAGGUGAGACCUGGGUAUGGAAUGGGAAAAACGCUGGCUAAACUCUGGAUUGGAAGCUUUUAUAAAAACAUCCCUUCAUUGACAGCUUUGAAGCAGGACUUUUCCAGUUGGGUGGAAUGUUUCCCCAUGUUUUAGACUAGUCUAAAUAACUCAGUAUGUGUUCAGUCAGGAGCCCUUAACACCCCACACUCUGACUGGCUGACUGCCGACAUAUAAUGACUUUAAAAUGGUUUCACCAAAGCUGCCACAUUCUAAGUCUAAGCCAUCAUCACCACAGCCAGCCUGAAGCAGCAAGCACAGAUUCAACUCUUAGGAUAAUGCAAUUCAGAUCUGUGCCUUCACCGUGUUUUUCAUGUUCUGUGAUGAACUGUGCGGCCUACAUCAUACGAAUGCAUUUAAAUCAGCAUUUCUUUGAGCUGGAGAAUAGUCUUGUGCACGGGUUGGCAUGCUUUUUGUCAUGCAAUUAUACCAGCGGGUCCGAACAUCGCAGGUCCAGCGGGCUCCGUUUAAUAAUACUUCACCAAGGAGUGAUACUUUAGAUCCUUUAGAAAGGGAUAUGUUCAGUGUGAUACUAAUGGGGGUCACUUCACACCUAAGAAAAUAAGCCAAGUGGAUGUGAUUAAUCAUCUUAAAGCUUUCUGCUUUUGUAAUUAGAUAUUUUAGGAAAGGAGACAUUUUAAUUUGACACUGGUACAUGUAGCUACCACCAUGGCUACUAGUCGUGUAAAUCUUAUACCUGUCUAACAUGAAUCAUUUGGUAGGAAUGCAAAUCUCCCUUCAAAAUACCUGUUACUAAAAUGAUUACCUCUGAUACACAUUUAGCAUACAAAUGCUUAAGCAUUUCAGUGCUGAGGCUUUUAUUUUUGAAGGCAGAUUUUCCCUUCACUUCCUGGCGGCAUAGAUUCAAACUAGUUGCCAUAUAAAUAGCAAGUUGCAACACACUGUUCAUCCCCUUCUAAAUAAGACCGAUAUUUGCAACCUUUUAAACAAGCUCCUCCACCUCCAGAUCUAUAGGAGGAAGACUGUACAUGUAUGCAAUAUACUGAUCCCGAGUAAAACACAUCUCCCUGAAAAGGUUAGUGUAGAAUAUUGGCUCAAUUGCUGAAUAUCAGCAUAGGCCAUAGAGAAAGAAACAUGGCAGUCAACCUCUGGUCCUCACUGGGAAAGCAGAAAAUAAUGGAGAAAACCUUCUAUUUCCUGUCUUCUUUCCAACCAGUUCCAGUCCCUUGGUUAGCAGAAAAAAACUCUUAAUGCUCCUCUGACCUGUUGAGAAAACGUUAGUUGCUCAGUAUUUCUUCCAGCUGUAAAGGUAUGGUUGUAGUACAGAUUUGUUUGGCUGUUACUGUGCUUUAGUGUGGCCUUUUUGUUCAGUGUUUGUAUAUUUCUGCCUUAAAACGUCAACAGAAACCUGAAAUACUGUUGCAGAUAGCUGCCUCAUCACUGGAGCUCUUUACUUGUUUUUUAAAACCCCCACUGUGACCGAAGGCCUUUUGCAUGAAGCUUUAACAGGCUACGUUUGGAAAAACAGUCAUCCUAUUGUGAGUGUGUGUGGUAUGGGCAGGGGGGUUAUAGGUGGUAUAUGCAUUGCUGUUAUCUAUGAGUAUAACUAAAUGAAAGGAUAAAAAAACAAGUAUUGUACAGAGAAUGCCUGAGUGAAAUAUGGAUAUUGUAUGAAAAGAACUUUCACUUAUUGUCAUGUUAGAACUUUAAUUACAACUUGCAAUUGAAAUUGUACAGUAGUCACAUAUGAAUAUAACUUCUUAUUUUUUACUGGUACAGCAGAACACUUGUGCAGGUACGUGUACACAGAAUAAAUCACCCAGCACCAUUAAGACUGGAGUCUCCUUUUUCCCCUUACAGAGCAGAUCCUAGCAGACAGUCAGUACUCUGACCAUGCUGUUACUGGUACCCUGUAUGUCUCGUGUCACUUCCAUGUAUGAAUAAUGUGGAUUUCUGUCAGAUCUAUUAAAAAAACAACAAACACUC